UAACCGAGUGGCAGCUCAAAGUUCAAAAUUACACGAAGAGCAGUGAGCUGGGAUGACUGGUAAGUUGUGGACCCCAGCCAAUAUGCGUUUAAAAAAGCUUCUCUUGCCACAUCCUUCUCGUGCUCUGCAAAAACAAAAAAAACAAAGCAUUAACCAGUGAAGCUGACGACGAAACUAAUUUCACAAGCCAAGACUAGAUACACUCAUCCUCCUCCUUUUGGCUGUCUCUGUUACUCUCAUCUGUCCUUGAGGAUUUUUCAUUCUCUGUGAAAUGGCGGAUCAGUACACGUGGGGACUCAUCUUCGGGUCGGCGCUGGGCCUGAUCGCCUUUUAUAACUUGGGGCUCUUCGCUUUAUACCAUUUUGUUAUGAAAAAUAGGAGAGACGCGUUGGAUACCAGUAAUCAUUGCAUAAAGAGCACCUCUACCGUUAACGAAGAAUGCCGAUCCGAUCAUUUUACCGAUGUUGACGUCAUCAUAGUCGGUGCCGGCGUUGCUGGCGGCGCCCUGGCUAGUACUCUUGGCAAGGAUGGACGAAGAGUGCAUGUGAUUGAAAGAGAUUUUUCGGAACCUGACCGAAUUGUUGGUGAAUUGCUACAACCAGGGGGCUACCUCAAAUUAAUUGAAUUAGGACUUCAAGAUUGUUUGGAGGAAAUUGAUGCUCAACGAAUUUUUGGUUAUGCUAUUUUCAAGGAUGGAAGAAAUACUCAAAUAUCAUAUCCAUUAGAAAAGUUUCACUCAGAUGUUGCAGGUAGAAGCUUUCACAAUGGACGUUUCAUACAGAGGUUGAGGGAGAAAGCUGCAUCCUUUCCAAAUGUGCGAAUGGAGCAAGGAACAGUAACUUCACUGGUUGAAGAAAAAGGGACUGUUAAAGGCGUGCGGUACAAGACUAAAGAUAGCCAAGAAUUGACAGCUUAUGCUCCUCUAACAAUUGUCUGCGAUGGCUGCUUUUCGAACUUGCGUCGCUCCCUUUGCAACCCUAAGAUCGAUGUGCCAUCAUGUUUUGUCGGUUUGGUCCUAGAAGAUUGCAAACUUCCAUAUGCAAACCAUGGGCAUGUUAUAUUGGCGGACCCUUCCCCCAUUUUGUUCUAUCCUAUCAGUAGCAACGAAGUUCGUUGUCUGGUUGAUAUACCUGGGCAGAAGGUUCCUUCCAUUUCAAGUGGUGAAAUGGCAAACUAUUUGAAAACGGUGGUGGCUCCUCAGGUUCCCCCUGAGAUCUACAAAUCCUUUGUGGCAGCUGUGGACAAAGGAAACAUCAAGACAAUGCCAAAUAGGAGCAUGCCAGCUGCCCCCCACCCUACUCCCGGGGCCCUUUUGAUGGGGGAUGCAUUCAACAUGCGCCAUCCCUUAACAGGGGGAGGAAUGACUGUUGCUCUGUCUGAUAUUGUUGUCCUGUGUGAUCUUCUCAAGCCUUUACGUGAUCUGAAUGAUGGAUCAGCACUUUGCAAUUACCUUGAAUCCUUUUACACCUUGCGUAAGCCAGUUGCAUCAACUAUCAAUACAUUGGCUGGUGCCUUGUACAAGGUGUUUUGUGCUUCCCCUGAUGAAGCAAGGAAGGAAAUGCGUGAGGCUUGCUUUAACUAUCUAAGUCUUGGAGGUAUAUACUCAUCAGGACCAGUCUCUCUGCUCUCCGGUCUAAAUCCUCGUCCACUGAGCUUGGUUUUUCAUUUUUUCGCGGUUGCAAUUUAUGCUGUUGGUCGCUUGUUACUGCCAUUUCCUUCCCCACAUCGCAUUUGGAUCGGAGCCAGAAUAAUUUCAGGUGCAUCUGGAAUUAUCUUUCCUAUUAUAAGAGCAGAAGGUGUAAGGCAAAUGUUCUUCCCUGCCACUGUUCCUGCAUAUUACAGAAGCUCCUCUGGUCCACAAAAAAUGAAAACACACUUCGACAAUUAACUUGUGCUGGAAAUACAAGAGAUAUACCGUAAUUUGCCUGACUUUUUUCUUUUCCAAGUUGAGGGGGUUGGGGCGGGGGUUGUGUAAAAUUCUGCCAUCUUUAGGUUGUUGGUAUAACCUUUAGAUGAAAAUUAAAUUACAUACAUGUUAAAAAUUGCGAAAUCGAUCUCUGCAUCUUAGUUCAAUAUUUACUUGUCCGUUGGUUGUAUGCUAGUUUGUACCUAGUCUUAUUUAUUUGCCGCUGUAAUUUUUGGGUCGGUUUUACUUUUACUGCCAAGCCUAAAGGCACUGGUGAGUAAAGUUUAAUUUAAAUAAAUAUUUCCGUAUACAGCAAAGUUUGCUUUA